GUGAAACAGUGCCUGAGCCUCUGUGGGGAGCAAAGAGGGAAAGCUGCUGGAGAAGAGGAGUGGAUGGGCCCUUCUUCCAUCUCCAACAAACCCUUUUGCAGAAGGCCAAGGAAGAUGGAGGGAGGCUCCUUGCCCACAGAGAGAUCCUCUGAGGGUGCUGGCCUGCAGUCAGGGGCUCCUGCGAGCUGAGGCAGUCAUUACCAUCAACAUUUUUGGAAAACCUGUUGUUGAAAGACAAGAUGAAUAGAAAUAUGGAGUUACAUCCAACAAGUGUAACAUCAGAACCAGCCUCUCCAACAAACAGUACUGGGAAGGAAGAGAUGGAUGUUGCUCCAGAAUUGAAUAGCUCAACUUCGCCCAGCCACGACAUAGGGAUCUUUGAAAGAGGAAUUAAAACAAUGUUAAGCAUCCGGAAAUCAAAACAAAACCUGAACAAAGAUAAAGAAAAGGAAUCUACUGGCACUCUGAGAAGCAUACGACUUUCUUUUAAAUUCCCCAAGAGCUAUGAGCAGGACAAAACCACGAUCUGUAAUGGCAUGGAGGAGAUUGGGGAGAAGAUAGAAUUAGAGCCCAUCAAAGGAAAACCUCUUUCAGUAAUGGAAAUAAAUGAACUUAUUCAAAAACGACAACUUUUGGAAGCAUUCGCAAGCAUUAAAUACUUGGAAGAUGAGGUGAUAGCUGAAAGGGAUGCAGACAAAUACAAAGAUAACCCCCAAGAGUUUGCCAGGAAAUCCAAGGAUGUGGAUUUGCUUUAUAAUUCUAUCACAAGCACAAUCCAGUCCAUCGUGGUAGGAACACUGGAGCAUCCCACUGUAGACGAGACCAUGCUGGCAUCCUUGGUGACUUUAAUAGCCAAUGAAGAAGCAGCUCAUCCUAAUGCAAGUGACACCACUGGUCCUGAGUCAGACUUGCUUGGCACACCCAGAAAGUGGAAGGAGGAGUGGAGGGAAGCUAUCAACAAGAGUGCUAGAAAGAGAGUCCUGAGCAUACCCCUGGCAUCAAAGGAAGAAGAGAGUUCUUGGCUUGAUCUCCACUUAGGUUUCCUCAGGAAACACCUGAGUGAAGAUUUACUGAAAGUCAAGUUUGCAGUAAAAAAGUGCUAUCCAGAGGAUUAUAGGGUGUGUGACAUGUAUGUGGAGGCUUUUCACAAGGCCAUUGCUUCCCACUUGCAAGAUCUCUCCCAGAGACCCUUGGAAUUCAAUGAGCUCUAUGCCUUGCUCGACUGGAUUGCCAACACCUACCUGAGUGAACUCCUUCUGGGUCACCCUGAUCUCAAACCAGAAGUUAAAACAGAAAACCUCUCCCUGUUGUUAACACCAGCUGAUUGGGAUAAACUGAAAAACAACUACAUUGCUUCUGUAAAGGGGAAAAUCAAAAGCUAUUUUGGAAACAUCCUGAAACUGGAGAUCACAGAGAAGUGGGAGAAGGAAGUUCAGCCGGAAGUGGAGGAAAACCUAUACAACUCAUCGCUGUCCUUUGAUAUUCAAACGAUCAUCGCAGAGCACAUGAAGGCAUCCAGAAUGAUCAGCAGAAGUCUGGAAAUGAAAAUGCUUGAGCUCUGCCUGGCAGAACUGCAUGAAUUCAUACCAAGAUUUGGGGAGGAAUUUUUGGAGUGGAACGCUUCCCGAGACAGUCCGAUAUUUGCACCCUAUUUUGCUGCCUACAUCAACAGCUUCCAUGACCUGGUGUCAGGCUUACAAACAGUGUUUAAAGUCAACACUGAGGAACUGCAAAAUGUUUUGGCAGCUUUGACCAAGAAGUUCAGAAACAAUUUUUUAAAUAAAUUAAGAACAAAAACACAGCCACUCUUUAAGAAAAUCCUCACCAAAGAUUGGAUUUUAGCUACUGAGAAGCCAGACUCGCUAGCGUUGGCCGUGUCGCAGUUCUCCAAACACCUCCAGCACAUGAAGGAGCCUGUUGGGCAGGAGCUUCUGUGUGACAUUCAUAAGCAUGUGGUGAGGGAGUACAUCACGCAGGUCAUCAAACCGAGACGGAAAAUGAAAGGGGAGACACGGCAACAAGUGAGAGAAAGGAUGAACCAGGAAGCCAAAAUCCUUAAUAAUAUGCUCAUGGAUCAGGGGUCCACUUCCGACUGGCUCCUUCCUGCCAUACAUCACAUCGCUGACAUAGUUGGGGAGAAGGAAAAAAACAAAAUCAAGGAGUAUGUUAUGGAACUGUGUCAGGAUUAUCCAGAUAUCAGAAAGGAGCACAUCCUGGCAGUUCUCGUGCUCCGAGGCCUGGGGCGAGCCAGGAGAGGGGCGAUCAUUCGGAAAGGAUACCGCCCGCAGGAGAGCCCUGGUGGUGGGACCAGCAGCACGCUCUUCGCCGAAAUCGAUGCUCCAGCAGUCAUCAGCUGCUUCUAAAAGACAACUAAAACAGAAAUCGAAGUCCCAUCUCUUCCUUCACUGCCUCUACAUCAUAAUCCCAAAUCCGUCUUGUUCCUCUUCAAAAGCUUAACUGGUGUGGAGGAAGGGCCUCUGAGCUCAAAAACCAAAGGCAACAGAGAUGCCAAGAUACCAACAUCCUCAAAAUGCCUCCAAGCAGCAACUCUAGCAGUACGUCCUCUCUGGGCUGAAUAUGCCACUUAUAUCACUAGGAGACUGCUUUCUUCUUCGGUCCAAAUUAGAGUCUCUUCUCAGCAAAUAGGAGAGAAUCAAAAGAAGUUCACUCAGGGCUAUAUUAUGGCCUAGGCUGUGUGUUGUGUAAUUAUACAGCAACAGAGCAAGACCCUUUUUCAUAAUUACCAUUUUUGAGCAACAGAGGAGCAGAGUUUGGGCUGUGAUGUUGUAAAGCCCAAGUCUUAUUUCCUCCCUUGUGAACCAGCUGGUGGAGCUGGCAUGACGUAAGGUAAGUGACACUGAUCUGAUGCCACAGAUUAUUACGUGCCUGAAGAGGGUACCAAACUCUUGGAGGGUAACCAAACCCCACAGUGGAGAUAUGCAGCGUAUGGACCACUCCAAGACGGAUCCCAUGGCACUUGUACCUUCUGGCAUUUCAGCAGAUUUUUCUCACUCACAGGCUGCCUUGAAAAACUUGUGUUUGACCCAAGACCUGCUCAUGCCAUCACAUCCUUUCUGUGCAGACAGAUGUCUCAGGAUCGGACAUGCCAUGCAUGGUGGGGAGGCAGGCUCCUGGUCCUCUCUGCCCUUGGGAAAAGGGCAGGUGGAAGGGGUGAUGGUGGCAAUUGCCAGAUCUUUUGGCUCUGCAGCUAUUUCCAAGCAGAAAAGGCCUUCUCUAAUGACACAAACUAGAGUUGUGGACAGUGAUCAAGCAGACCUGCGGAGUGGGCCAGGGAGAGCAGACCUUCCUGCUGUGGACAGGGUUUCAGGUUUGGCCCCAAGCUUCCAACUGGAGAGCAGAAAGUAGGCGUUUUACUUGAUGUUCUCUUAGUCCUUGUUCUUGUACAUUUGAAUGUACUUUGAUGAAGCUGCUGCAAUCUGUCUGCAAUAAGAAACUGUAAGCGUUAAGCCAAACAGGCAUAGUGCUUUGGAUCCAAUCCUCACCUGAUGUAAGCCAGCAUCACCCCACUGACUGCAGCGGAACAACACUGGCUUAACGCUGUGAAGGGUCCAAAACAUUGCAUCCAGUGCCUGCAUGGGAGACUUUGCAAAGAGACAUCCAACAACCUACGGCUGUACAGAGCUGAUUUUAUUUAACCCAAUUUAUCCUUUAGGUUGCCUCUGCAGGAAUUAAUCCAAGAUCCUGUACAGAGAUGUUUAAGGCCUAUCAAUUAAUAUGAUAAAUGUGGAUGUGCCACAGUCCUGAACAUUAAUUUGUCUGCUGCAGACAGUGGGAGUUUAGAGUAUCAACAGUGAUUCUCUUAUGCUUCCUUUACCCCAGUUUUCACCUGAGCAUACUUCAGCCCAUGUGAGCAGCAGGCACCAACGACAGGCCAAAGGAGGUGCUCUGAUAGAUAAGAAAUGCAGAGUCUGCCUUUAAUUCACAGACAUUCAUCACAGGACAAAACUUUGUAAGAGAUAUGGUAGACUUGUUAUCUCUACAAUCAAGGUGAGGUGUUUUUCUAAAGAGGACUCUGAAGAUCCAGUAUAAAUUGUGAGCCUGAGACAGGAAAUCCUGGGAGGAAUUUUCUGCCUUACAUCCUUCAUCAAGUCAGGCUCGUUGAUCACAACAAUCCUUGCAUGUCCUCAGCUCUGGGACUCUCUAUAUCUGCUGUAGAGAAGGAGAAGUGAUGUAACAUCUGCGUUUCACAUUAGGCAUGCAGAGCUCUUCUGUGGGUGAAUGUCACCUGCCCACAGCUCCGGGGAGAAACUUGAUUUCAUGGGCAGCUAAACAGCUAUCUGUUAAACAGCUGACAAACUCUGGCUCAGCCAGCAUCUCCUUACAGAGACAGGGGUUUGACUGAGCCCUGGGUGGGUUCCUCCUGCUGCCAGUGCAUCAUGAGGGAGAGAGCCUGCGAAAAAGACAGUCCCUUGUAAAGGACAUCCAGGAUACUCCUAACCCCAGUACGUCUGUAAGGAAAAUCCCAAGCCUCCCCAUAUCUAUAUGGGAAUGGCAUCCUGUAUCUACUGGGGAAUAGCACCACCAAAGAGGGAUCUUGGCCAGAUUGUCUAGAUCAAGCUAGAAAAGCUCCAGCUCCAGGCUUCUUCCAUGGAGGUGCAUGAAGGCUCAGCAACACUUUGAGCUUCCCCUCCUUGCCUGGGGAUCUGAAGGCAGGCAGGGAGGCCAAACUCGUGUUGUCUUUACUGGUCUGAAUCACCGCACCCCCUUGUGUGGGAGCUACAUCUCCCAACCUGACAGAGGGAAGUGCAUCAGGGCUGAGAGAUUUAUAUCUAGCAUCAAAAGCAUCAACUAGCUGGGGGAGACAAGAAAGGGAGUUCAAUUUUGGCAUCCUCAAUCUGAGACAUCUAAGGAUGCAUUUUCAAAGACACACAGGAUUCAGAGCAGCCAGCCCAGUCAGCAGGAGUUUUGGUGUGUCAGAGUCUUUCCUUUGUCCUGUAUGCAUCUCUGAUCCAAGCGCCUCAUGCAAGGCAUCUUCAGCAUGGAAAUUAUUUUCUCAAAUGCAUUAAAGGUAUCCUAGGUUGUCAACCUUACAGUUUUAAUGUAGGUCUCUCCCCAGAACUGUUGGUUUUUUUCAGGCUCCAGCUCCUAGGCCCUGUCAUUAGAUAAGGAGUUCAGCUUUCAUUUCCUAAUAAAAUCAUGUGUAAUCCUGAAAUUGCAGAGGGAAGCUGGAAACGAUGACUUGCAUUUUGUGCUCAGGCUCAAGAAACAGCACGGAAAUGAAACCUGUCAGUGGUUGAUUUUUAUCAGAGCCUCUCUUGGGAGCCAAUCUGAGCUCUGGAUGCUGCGUCCUGGCAUCCUGGAUCACAGCCUGCCUCUGAGCUCAGGGGCAAGCCCAUGCAGGGGCACUGCCAAAUCGCAGCAGCCUGAGGCUUGGGGAGGAGAUCUGAGAGACCUCCAUGACAGCGGAGUCUAUGAAUGCCCUGAGGUCUGCUCAGGAGCAAGCUGGCAGGAGCAGUCCUAGACCUACUUGGUUUCUCAGGGGAGUUUCUGACCUCUGUGAGGCCUCUGCUCUCCCCACUAUUUGCUCUUGAGCAAACCAGUGUAACGCUCACCCCAUUUGGUCAAAACUACUGCUCGGUCCAUGUCCUGUCACUGACGCCUACCUGAGCAGAGCUGGUGACUCAGGGCAGUGGGAAUCAUGUUGCUCCCUGGUGAGAUGGGGCUUGGCCUGGGCUGCGAGGGCAGCUCUGCGGGGACAUCGGAGCAAGAGGGCUGCACUCACCAAACCACUCUGCCACCACGUUUUGUGAAACAUGGAGUUUUUAUUAGGGCCAUAUUUCACAUUCCAAUAGAGUAAAAAGAAGGCCUCUUAGGGCUUUUAUUGUGAAAUAUGUUGCUGUUGUAGGAAAGUGCCAAAGAGCUAAGUUGUUAUAGUAACUUCCUCUGUUUAUUGUUUCUCUGUGUUUUCCACCAUUAAUCCUAUGCCUACUGGAGCACACACUUUUAUUCUGCCAUUCAGGAGACACAGCUCAUGCUUAUUCUGGACAAGCCCAAGCUACUGCAUAAGAGGGUUUGUAGAUGCAGGUACAUCCUCCAGUAAAUAAGGUUUUCUCAAAAGUAUCAAAGCAAAAGGAAGAGCAAAAUUCUGGCCAGGUUUAGCUUCUCAGAGGUAAACACUCUGCAUUUUGGUGGGAGAUCUUGCACAGUUCACAACACUGUGUGGGUGGUGACAGAUAUUCUUGUUUCAGAGGUCUUUGCUGUUUCACAAUAUGGUUUGUUUCUGAUUUGGGGUGAAAAGCAGUACUUGCAGUACUCCCUGUCCAAGGAAAUAGAGCCUGCAGCCAGGGUGGCUCACAGGCUGUGGUUUUUCCAUCCAGGUCAGAUCUCUGGGUGCCAUUAUUUAAGCAAUUUAGUUCAGUGACGUCAUCUCCUCCCGGAAACCAAGCGCCGCUCCGUUGCUCACCAUGAGGAGUUGGAAGAGCACGAGAUGGGCUGUCCCCAGGCUCGCCAGCCCUCUGCGACCCGUCCCCCUGCAGAGGUGCGGGCUGCAAUGGGCAGCCUCAGCCCCAGCUCCUCUCCCGGGCAGUGCCGGUGCCCACACACGGGACCCCCGGCCAUCACUCCCUGUUUCAGUCCAUGCCCCGUCACCAGCAGAGACACCCUGACCAGUGUGCAGAUACUGAUUUAGCAGAAUUUAGGUUUCAGGCACUGAAUUUGACUCUUACACUAAAUUGCUAAAUAUUCUGCAAGGAAAGGAAAUAACUGCUGCUUUAAGACAAGGAAAGUAGACUUAUUCCAAGCAGGAAAGGAAUAAAAACCAAGACAACACAGUGAAAAUAAAAGAAGCUGUCCCUGAACUGAAAAUCCUAACCAGUCAGUAGCAAUAUUCCAGACAAGGCCUUUUAACACAGCAGCAGCUAUGUUUACCUCCCUGCAGUGUGGUUAGAUUUCAGCAAAGAACUGUAAAUUGGUUUAAAAUAUUGAGGAUGUUCUAUGAGAAAUGGAUUGCAAUAUUACAUCCACUUUGGAAGCAGGGAAAUGUGUCUAACACCACCCAGCAAACACAGCUAGGAAGAAAACAGAUGUGAGGACAUUAUUUUCACAGAGGUGGAUGAAAAGUAAGGAUGUAUUAAUUUUAGGCCUAAAUACUUAGGUAAUUAUAUAAUACAGUGGUCCAAAGCACUGGUGUGAACGUUUAUCUUCUGUGUUUUGCAAUUUUUUCCUGGAAACCUUGUCAGGUGUACAUUUGCUGCCUCAAAGGCAGUCGGUUUCGUUCCCAGUGCAUUGGUCUAACUAAAGGACAUGUACAAGGCAAACACAGAGCUGCUCUGCUCAGCAUCACUGUGCACGUCCAUCCCUUAUCAAAAUUUUGACAUAAGACUGUUGAUCAUGACAAUAAACAGCAUGAGGACUGGCCCACCUCUCCCAUAAAAGCUUUGCAAGAAAUCAAUCAGAUUACCAAUAGCAUUUAUUAGAUUUGAGCUAUUUACCUUAGCAAUUAUAAGAAAGUAUGGGGAAAACAGAAAAAAAAAACCAGUGUAAUCUAUCAUCUGUGGCAAAAGUGGUUUAAGAUCAUCUUUUAGAGAACUACCAGAAUAACUUCCUCUAGUCCCACUGCCAUAUAACUGUAACUACUUCUCUGAGGAAACUGAGCAAGUACAAACUUUGAUUUUCUGUAUUAAUCUCUGUCAAAUGACCACUGUACAUAUGCUCUGAUACUGGAAAUUUAUAUAAAUUCAUAUAAAGUCA